CUUUAUUUUUACUAAUUGUUAAGUCAUUAUAAUACCAUUAAGUUAUUGAAACAAUUUGUUUCAUUUGACUGCCUAAACUAUUAAUUGUAAUUUCACAUAAAUCUUUCAAUUACUACAAAAAUAUCAGUAAAUUAAAUUAAAUCUAUCAAAAAUAAAGAGCGUCAACUAACUAAAUUUCCUUAUAUUCGAUAUGAAACUAAAUGACAAAUGACAAUUAGUGUCUCGAGAUCUUAAAUUCAUAUUUCUAAUAGAAAUACAGCUGACAUUUAAAUACUGACACUAGUUUCCUAGAUCUUUUUCUAAGUGUUCAAGAUGCCAAAACGAAAAACACUGUCACGAAGCUCCGACUCGGAUGAGGAGAUUAUAGAAAAAACAGCAGUCAAACGAACCAGAAAAGCCCGGAUUGUACCAAAGGCAAAAGUAGAUGAUGCAGAACUGAAACAGCCAGCUAGUGACAUACCUUCUGAUAGUGCAGCUACAAGCAUGAAAUCUAAAUUAGAGAGGAUGCUUGAAGUAAAGGAAAACAAAAGUGAUACCACUAAAAAGGCUAAGACCAAGAAGUCUGGAUAUUCUUCACUUUAUCUGAAAUCCCUGAAAGAAUGUAAACGACCCGGCGAUCCUGCUCCUAAGAAGACAACGGCUAAAAAACCACCGAAAGUUGCUGUAGACUUGCUCACACAAAAAGUUACCGAAUUCACAGAGUUAGCCGACCAAAGUCCUGACGUUAUUAAGUUCAUAUCAGAAAACAGUCUGACAAUUGGGGCUCACAUUUCAGUGGCUAAGGGAGUUUAUAAUGGGCUUAUCAACGCAUUUAAGAUAAAAGCUACUUCAAUGGCUUUCUUUAUCACGCAGCCUCGCAGGUGGACCACUGAAAAAGCUCUGUCAGAUGAAGAAGUUUCAAUAUUUAACGAAGGUGUAAAGAUUUUGGGAUACAAGCGGGAGAACAUAGUACCACAUGGUAACUAUCUCGUUAAUUUGGGGUCUCCAGAUCAGACUAUAUACGAUAAAAGUUACGCUUGCUUUGAAACUGAGCUUAAGAUUUGUGAGCAGUUACAGCUGUGUUGGUUGAACAUACAUCCUGGAAGUGCUGUGAAGGGUAUGGAUAAAGAGAAAUGUUUACAACAGAUAGCAGAGAGUAUAAACAAGGCACACUCUGCUACCUCCAAUGUAACUGUCCUUCUUGAAAAUAUGUGCAAACAGGGAACAACUGUUGGAGGCGAUCUGUCUGAUCUAGGGAGUAUAAUCAGUCACGUGACUGACAAGACGAGAGUGGGAGUUUGUUUCGACACUUGUCAUGCUAUGGCUGCUGGAUACGAUCUAUCUACGCUGAAAGGAAUAGAAGCUACAUUUUCAGAACUGGAAGAAGUUGUGGGGUUGGAAUACCUCAAAGCGUUCCAUCUAAAUGACAAGAAGGGACACUGUGAUGACCACUUAGACCGGCACGAGGUGUUAGGCGAGGGCUGCAUCAAGUUACCUGUCUUUAAAUAUCUGGUCAAGAGGUUCCCGAACAUUCCGAUGGUUUUGGAGACACCUGAUGAGGACAAAUGGGCUGAGGAACUUGUUAUUCUCAGGGAAUUGUUCAGUGGACCUACUUUGCUGUUCCAGGUAGUGCUGGAGAACAGUUCUUUGUUUUCAGCAACUUACUGUCUUGGUUAUUGGAAUUAAACGGUAAAGAUUCGAAGCCCCCCUUGAGUUACAGUAACAGAGAGUCUCGCUAAAUGAACAUCAGGCCUGCCGACCCCCACCACUUCUCACCAGAUGAACAUCAGGCCUGCCGACCCCCACCACUUCUCACCAGAUGAACAUCAGGCCUGCCAACCCCCACCACUUCUCACCAGAUGAACAUCAGGCCUGCCGACCCCCACCACUUCUCACCAGAUGAACAUCAGGCCUGCCGACCCCCACCACUUCUCACCAGAUGAACAUCAAGCCUGCCGACCCCAACCACUUCCCAAUUGACUGACUAAUUGAAGAUUUUAGGAACGCACCCGAACACUCCGGGGCCGAGUUGAACUUUAGAUUUACAACCAAUUGCGGGACUACCUUGUCGAUGGUUUACGUGAAAACUUCUGCGAUUAAAGUGUUUCUUUCUUUAUUGAAAUUUUUACAUAUUUUAUUAACAUUUAUUGACUACCUUAUUGAUGAUUGUCGAUGAUUUACGUGAAAACUUCUGCGAUUUAUUGAAAUUUUAAGUUUUUAACAUAUUUU